AUUUCAGCCUGAUGCACGUAACAUUAGUUGACAACAUAGUUGACCACCCAGAGGAAACUGGUGCUUCUCACAUCUUCCAAAUCUGCAACCAGGAGACAACAUGAAGCCCAAAUCUUUUCCAUCCCGACUGUUUGAUAGGAAUUCAGCAGGAGUGUCAGGUGAAAGGAGGAAUAGUUGUGCAGCAAAAUAUCAACGACAUGUUGACUCUGUGGAUCAACCACAUUCUGAUGACAGCAGUCCAAAUGAGAAAGCCAAAAAAGACCUAAACUUUGCCUUUCUGCCAGAGAGGUAUGAACCACUGAUAGAUGAUGAGACUAAAGAAGAGAAGAAAAAGAGGAAGAAAGAAAACUACAAGAAAGUAAAAAAGAAUGUUGGGAAGGCACUUCGCACCACCUGGAAGUGUCUGAUGCUCGGUCUGUACAACUUCGCCCUCGCCUACUCCACUCCCAUCACAGCAGCAGCAACUUUUGUUCCGGAUUUUCACCCCAGCAGAGACAGGACAUGAGCUACGCUACUUUGGAGUUUGCUGUAAAUAGUUGUAACCUUGGGACCUUGACCAAACUCUCUGCAUUUUUAGAUGUUCUUGUAUUUUAAAAAAUAUAUAACAGUAUUUUUGUAUUUUUGAUUUUUUUUUCUUAUAAAUUCCACCUAUUUAGACUUGUUAUGCUUAAAUUUCAAUGUACUGUACAGUAUAGAAUUUAAGAAUAGAAUACAUAGAGGAUUCCCCCCACACAAUUUUGUUGUUUCCAUAUGUUUAAUCAAGUCUCCUGCUGCAGGAUAGCAGUAGCAGGUUAUGUAUUUAUGUAUUUUUUGUGGAUAUAGAUAUAUAGAAGCAGAAAAAGUUGAACAAAAAAGUGAUUAACAGUAUGUUGUACUGGAACAGAUGCUUUAAACUCUAAUUACCUAAUUAAGUAGGAAGUCAGAAUACACUUUUUCUUUCAAACAGCCUAAUAUAACUUCAUACACCUGACCAAAGAUACUGUAUAUGGAAAAGAGCGAUAGCACAUUUUAGCAAUUUUACCUCUUUUUAAUGCAAUUUGUGCCCUAGAAUUGCAUUAAUACACAAUUGUUUUGGGUAGGCUAGAGUGUGCAAUGUGUUCACAAGCUGGGAAAUCUCAUAGAAGAUGUGAAGUUUAGCAAAGUUGAUGAAGAAGUGCAGAGAAGGCACUGAAGAAGAAGAAGAGAAGAUGUCCUGAAUUUUGUCGAUCAAGAGAAACCUUAGGAGGAGCUCUGAAGUCAGUUGUGGCAAAGAGGUGCAGGACAUGCAUGAAAGUGAUUUGAAGCAUAUAUAGCUUUAAUAACAUGCACAAGGACAGUGAAACAGUGGUGAGAUAUGUGGUAGGAGUUAUAAAUGCAAAGUCGGAGAGGUAUUACAUCAGCGAUCAUGACUGAAGGAUGAGAUUCUAUGAAUAAUGAUGUCAGAAAUUGGUAUUGUGCUCUGUAGUGACAACUGUGUUUGCUUUAGAGAAAGGGAGCACAGCUCCAGGCCUCUAGAGCCAUUACUAUCAGCUGAUAGAAGAAAAAAAGGUUUUAUUGUAUACAGCAAUAUAAACUAAAUGUGUUUUAUGUUACAUAUUGAAAACUUGUUUGAGGUAUUAUCUUUUGUUGUUUGUAAUAUAGAUUUUAGGACUAAGUCAGAUAUUGUGGAGUAAAAUACAAAACUGUCUCUUUAUUGUUUUUGUGGUGUUUAGCUGCAGUCUACGUCGUAUAUUAAAACUGAUUUAAAAAUA